UUGGUUAAUUGACAUCUUUAUAAUUAUGUGCACUAUUUUAUUUAAGAAAACGUAUACCACUUGUUAGGUUAUAGGUGUUGCUUAUAGUUUAUGUAUCCAUGUCUUUACAGAUUUUUAUGCCAUGGUGAAUAAUUACUGGAUUUUAAAUGCCAAGAAACUCCAAAAUGUAACAGUACUUUCUGUUGCGGGUGGAUUUCGGGACUUCCAAGUUCGUUCUGGAUUGACCUUUUUACCAGCUUCAGAGCUCUACACCAGUGCCUUAUCUGUAGUGAGUACUUCAGUUCCAAGAACAUGGGCAUCAACAGAUCAUCUAUCCAUAGUUUGGUGCAAAGAGUUGAUUUUAGCCACAGCAAGAGCUUUAUUUGACCUAAUUGAUGGGAAAACAAAACAGAUCACAAAUGAUCCCAAAAAAAGAAUGUCUGUUUUAAGUCAUCACUUUGUGAGACAUCCAGCAAAGCAAUAUGAAUCAUCAUAUGAAACAAUCACAAGUGUUCCAGUGUCCUCAACAUGGGUUUUUGUUGAAACAAGAAACUGGAAGCACUCUGUUACUGGUGCAUGCAGUGAAACCUAUUUCGCCUUUCCACUUCUAGAUAAAAGAAAUGCUCAUAGUCAUUUUCAUUGCCGAAGCACACACUUGUACACGCACAGCUGGAUUUUUGGCUGUGAAGAAGAUUCAGCUAAAUGGUGAGUUGUUUUAGGUUUA